AAGCAGAAAAUAUAAACAUAAAACCAAUCCCUAGCACCAGCACAUUGAUGAGCCUCCAGUCCGCCAUGUUUUCGAAUGUUGACAUCACAUGAUCGGGCACGUGUCAUAUUACACUUCCUGGUUGACCGUGGAAUAUACGUUGUCGAACCCAUAUCACUCCAUUUGCAAAGUAGAUUGUUCGGCGUCGUUGAUAUUUUAUCCAGGAAAAUGUCGGGCGGAUAUGGAAGGCCACCUCAAAAUGUGGAUGAUAUGGCAUCGUUGAAGGUUGACAAUUUAACUUAUAGGACCACUCCGGAGGAUUUACGCAGGUCAUUUGAGAAAUACGGAGAUGUUGGCGACGUUUACAUCCCCCGUGACAGAUUUACCCGCGAAAGCCGUGGUUUUGCCUUUGUUCGAUUCUACGACAAGCGGGAUGCCGAAGAUGCAAUGGAUGCGAUGGAUGGAGCCAUCAUGGAUGGAAGAGAACUAAGAGUACAGAUGGCUAGAUAUGGCAGACCAGCUGAGCCUAGACGCGGUGGUCCACGGAGAUCGUAUGGCGGGGGUGGCGGCGGUGGCGGAUACAGAGGAUCUCGAGGAAGAAGGUGCAUAACUGGAAUUGCCUGCGUCGCCAUGAAGUGGUUUAGCUCCGUUGUCGUCAUUGCCAUUACAACUCUGGUAACUGCUCGGCCAGAAAAAUUGAACAAGGACCAUCCUGCUGCCUUUGAAGAAGCCCUUCUGGCACAUAGUCGUGCCAAACGUGACUUGUUCGUCUAUGGAAACUGGUGCGGUGUCGGCAUCACUGGAGUGGGGACAGCUUGCACUUGUGAAGAUACCGUAGCAGACUGCGAGGCUGCCCUUGCACCCAAGGACUCACUGGACGCGGCUUGCUUAGAACACGACCUCUGUCUGUGUAACAAGCCACCAGGGGACUUACCCGAGCUGAUCGCAUUAUGUCAGUGCAAUAUGGAGAUCUACAAUGAUGCCUCAGCCAAUAACGUCUGCACGGAGUAUAGCUGGUGGUGGAAUUUCUUUGCCCGCAGUAGUUGCGAGUCCUACAGAGCUGGGUUAAAAUCAGCAUUUCUCUUUGCCCCGUGCUACUGCCAAACGUCGUCUUCGGUUGUGCUAGGUUUCCCACAGUGUCAAUCACCAUAAAUAGUAAUGCGAGUCAAACGGAUAUUUUGAGAGCUGAAUAGGUCGGACUGAAAUAAUAACGCCUCAAUGUGCGGGUAAAGAAUAAUCAUUUUGAAUAUAUAUCAAGAUAAGGCAAUUUUUGCUGCACUUUCUAC